AUGGCAUCUCCAGAUGGCGUGAGAGAGCCAGGGGCUCCGGGGAGGAGGAAGCACAGCCACCACCAACUUGGAACUGUCAGCGGCGUCUUCAUCCCCGUCUGCCUCAAUAUCCUCAGCAUCCUCAUGUAUUUGAGAUUCGGCGUCAUCCUUGGUCAGGUCGGCUUUGUAGGGAUCCUAGGUACCGUACCCCAUACAGCAAGACUGGGCACAUUUGCUUGA